GAGUCACGGAUGGAUAAAGCAGCAGGGGUGAUGCAUAGUGGCGUAAUUGGUGGAGGAGCACUGCCUUCUUUCCAUAGUCUUCACAGUCUUCUUGCCCACCCUACCUGCUUUUCUUCUCUAUUCGAGACCACUAAUUUGACUUUCUCUUACCCUUCAGUCAGAAUUAUAAAGCAUGUAUUGAGCUCAAAGCUUGCAAAUUGGCAUGCACUUCCAUGAAUCUUGAUGAUCUGCUGAUCUCUUUUUUUGAUACGGAUGUUGUUGGGUGUGAUUUCUAUUGUACCGUUGCCCCCAUUUCUACAGUUAGGAGAAGGUUCUAAGAGAGUUGCACAUGUAGGAAGAGAAGUAUUGUUGGUAAAAGAUCUGGCGGCAAUACUGUAACGGUUUCCAAUAUGGCUGGGAUUAAGGGAAUAGUAACUGAAACUUGGGAUGCAAGAUCUGGGAAUAUGGUUUUUGAGCCUAUUCUGGAGGAAGGAGUCUUUCGGUUUGAUUGCUCUGCAGAAGAUCGGGAUGCAGCAUAUCCAAGUUUUUCUUUUGUGGAUCAGAAAGCAAGGGAAACACCACUUUUGAGUGUUCACAAAACUCCAUUAUACACUCCCACUUUUGAAUGUGCAAAAGGGAAACAAACUGUCAACAUUAAGCUUCCACUAGGUACUUCAUUCUAUGGUACAGGGGAAGUUAGUGGCCAGCUUGAAAGAACGGGUAAAAGGGUAUUCACCUGGAAUACUGAUGCAUAUGGUUAUGGUCCUGGAACUACCUCAUUGUACCAAUCACACCCAUGGGUGCUGGCUAUUCUUCCCAGUGGAGAGGCACUAGGGGUUCUGGCAGAUACGGCACUGCGAUGUGAAAUUGACUUGAGAACAGAAUCCAAUAUUAAGUUUAUUGCACCAACGCCGUAUCCUGUUAUUACAUUUGGCCCCUUUCCUUCUCCAACAGAUGUUCUCAUAACUUUGUCACACGCAACUGGGACUACAUUUAUGCCUCCAAAGUGGUCUUUGGGUUAUCAUCAAUGUCGUUGGAGUUAUAUACCCGACAGUCGAGUUUCUGAGAUAGCAAGGACAUUUCGUGAGAAAAGAAUUCCUUGUGAUGUCAUAUGGAUGGACAUAGACUACAUGGAUGGUUUUCGGUGCUUCACAUUUAGCAAGGAGCAUUUUCCUGAUCCAAAGACCCUUGUGAAAGAUCUUCAUCAAAGUGGUUUCAAAGCUAUCUGGAUGCUUGAUCCCGGGAUUAAGCACGAAAAGGGUUAUUUUGUCUAUGACAGUGGAUGUGAAAAAGAUAUAUGGAUUCAAACAGCUGAUGGCAAGCCUUUUGUUGGUGAUGUGUGGCCUGGAUCUUGCGUAUUUCCUGAUUUCACACAAUCAAAAGCCCGAUCAUGGUGGGCUGGGCUAGUUAAAGACUUUGUCUCGCAUGGUGUUGAUGGAAUAUGGAAUGAUAUGAAUGAGCCAGCUGUUUUUAAGACUGUAACAAAAACAAUGCCCGAGACCAAUAUUCAUAGAGGAGAUGAUGAAUUUGGAGGCGUACAAAAUCACUUGUAUUAUCACAAUGUCUAUGGCAUGCUGAUGGCUAGAUCAACAUUUGAAGGGAUGAGACUAGCUAAUAGUAAUAAGCGACCCUUUGUUCUGACACGAGCAGGAUUUAUUGGUAGCCAAAAGUAUGCUGCAACAUGGACAGGAGAUAACCUCUCUACAUGGGAGCAUCUUCACAUGAGUAUUUCCAUGGUUCUUCAACUAGGUCUCAGUGGCCAACCACUAUCAGGGCCAGAUAUAGGAGGGUUUGCUGGCAAUGCAACUCCAAAACUGUUUGGAAGGUGGAUGGGCAUUGGUUCCUUGUUUCCAUUUUCUCGUGGGCAUUCUGAAGCUGGCACCACAGAUCACGAACCUUGGUCCUUCGGAGAAGAGUGUGAGGAAGUUUGCCGCCUUGCAUUGAUCAGACGAUACCGUCUUUUACCGCACAUAUAUACUCUCUUUUAUAUGGCGCAUACAAGAGGCACUCCUGUGGCUACCCCCACUUUUUUUGCUGAUUCAAAGGAUCAGGAAUUGAGAAAACUUGAGAACUCAUUCAUGCUGGGACCUCUCCUUGUAUAUGCAAGUACCGAGCAUGAUAAGGAGGUAGAUCAAGUUCAGAGAAAACUGCCUAAAGGCAUAUGGUUAAGUUUUGAUUUUGAAGAUUCACAUCCGGACUUACCAGCUUUAUACCUUCGAGGUGGAUCAAUAAUUCCGGUAGGUCUUCCAUAUCUACAUGUUGGUGAGGCUAACCCUACAGACGAUUUGUUUCUUAUUGUGGCUCUGGAUGAACAAGGUAAAGCUGAAGGUUCUCUCUAUGAAGAUGAUGGGGAUGGAUAUGAGUACACCAAUGGUGGAUACCUGUUGACUACAUACACUGCUGAACUUUCUUCUUCAGUUGUUACCUUGAGGGUGGCCAAUACUGAAGGAUUGUGGAAAAGGCCAAACCGCUGCUUACAUGUAAAACUAUUGCUUGGUGAAGGUGCUAUGCUUGAGUCACACGGUACUGAUGGAGAGACCAUACAAAUAGCAAUGCCAUCAGAGAAUGAGGUCUCAAGUUUGGUAUUAGCUAGUGAAAAGAAGUACAAGAUUAUAAUGGAAAUGGCAAGACGUAUACCAGAUGUCAGUGGUAUCUCUCAGAAAAAUGGAGCUGGACUUUCACUAGCGCCGGAAGUACUAAAAGGUGGGGAUUGGGAGCUGAAAGUGGUUCCAUGGAUUGGUGGCAGAAUAGUAUCCAUGGAGCAUCUUCCCACUGGAACUCAGUGGCUUCACAGCAGAGUAGAUAUAAAUGGGUACGAAGAAUAUAGUGGCCUUGAGUACAGAUCUGCUGGAUGCACGGAAGAGUAUUCUGUCAUUGAAAAGGAUCAAGAGCAUGCAGGAGAAGUCAAAUCUCUUGCAUUACAAGGAGAUAUUGGUGGCGGCUUAGUCAUCGUGCGAUAUAUAUCUUUACUGAAGAACAACCCUAAGGUUUUCAAGAUUGACUCAAGCAUUGUUUCUCGUAAUGUUGGAGCUGGUUCUGGAGGAUUUUCUAGGCUGGUUUGCUUGCGUAUACAUCCAAUGUUUACACUGCUUCACCCAACCGAGUCAUAUGUGUCCUUUACAUCUGUUAUUGGGUCCAAGCAUGAGAUUUGGCCAGAAUCUGGUGAGCAGCAAAUCAUGGAAGGGGAUCUUCUCCCAAACGGAGAAUGGAUGCUUGUUGACAAAUGCCUUGGCUUAGCUUUGGUGAACCGGUUCAGCAUUGACCAAGUAUACAAGUUCAUGGUGCAUUGGGGCUGUGGGACAGUUACUUUAGAGCUGUGGUCAGAAGACAGACCGGUUUCUAAGGAAUCGCCUCUAAAGAUUUCACAUGAGUACGAGGUGAUAAAGCUACCAUAACUUGUGAAUCCAGAUGUUGUACUGAUGAUAGUUAAGACGUUAUGUAUGUUGCAACUUUCUCUGUCUGAAUAUGUAACAGAAAACUUCCUAGAACCCCAUUGAAGGUUCCCAGAAU